AUGGGAGAAUACAAACUCUCCGCCUCUCUUGAGGGGCAUGAGGACGAUGUCCGUGCCGUCGCCUUUCCCGACCCAUCCUUCGUCGUUUCAGCUUCCCGGGACGCAACCGUGCGGUUAUGGCGCAGCGAUGGUGGAAGCCCUCCAACCUAUGACGGCACCGUGUCCAGUACCGGCACUUCCUUCGUCAACAGCGUAGCUUACGCUCCACCGUCCACCGAUUUUCCCGACGGCCUGAUUGUGUCGGGCGGGAAGGACACGAUUAUUGAUGUUAGGAGUCCAAAGAAAACAUCACACGAUUCUGCCGAUGCGUUACUACUCGGUCACAGCGGCAAUGUGUGUGCGUUGGAUGUCAGCGACGACGGAAAGACAAUUGUGAGCGGCGCUUGGGACGCUGAAGCAAGGGUUUGGGAGGUGGGAAAAUGGGGUCAGAGUACCGUGCUCAAAGGCCAUGGAGGGAGCGUGUGGGCGGUACUGAUGUAUGACCGAGAGACAAUCAUCACAGGUUGUGCAGACAAACUGAUACGCAUUUUCCACAUCGUCGGAAAGCAGCUGUCCGAAAUUCGAGGGUCACCCGACGUCGUACGUGCGCUCUGUAAACUCCCCGACUCCCAUCCAUCUGGUGCGCAAUUUGCAUCCGCCGGAAACGAUGCGAUCAUUCGUCUCUGGACAAUACAAGGGAAAGAAGUUGCUCAGCUGCAUGGACAUGAAAGUUUCAUCUACGCUCUCGCUACCCUGCCGACGGGUGAGAUAGCAAGUAGCUCUGAAGAUCGGACGGUUAGAAUAUGGAAAGGGGCCGAAUGCGUCCAAACUAUCACCCAUCCUGCCAUCUCGGUAUGGUCGGUCUCCGUCUGCUCUCAGACAGGCGAUAUCGCAACUGGUGCUAGCGACCGCAUUGCCCGUGUUUUCACACGAGAUGAACAGCGACACGCUUCUCCAGAGGCAAUUGCCGCGUUCGAGGAGAGUGUCAAGGCAUCUGCCAUACCCCAGCAGUCGCUUGGUGAAGGCCAGCAAAUCAAUAAGGAGCAACUCCCCGGUCCGGAGUUCUUGACGAACAAAUCUGGAACCAAAGACGGACAGAUUCAGUUGAUCAGAGAUCCGAAUGGCAGUGUCUCGGCUCAUCAAUGGUCUGUGACCACGCAAGAGUGGUUGAGCGUGGGUACUGUCGUUGACGCUGCCGGAAGUAGCGGUCGAAAGGUCACCUACAAAGGUCAGGAUUACGAUUACGUGUUUGAUGUGGAUAUUGAAGAUGGAAAGCCACCGCUGAAACUUCCCUUCAACCUAUCGCAAAACCCAUACGAUGCGGCUAGGAAGUUCAUCGAGGACAACGAGCUGCCCAUUUCGUAUAUCGACCAGACGGCGCAAUUUAUCGUUACCAACACUCAAGGAGCUACUCUUGGACAGCAGCAACCCGCAGGAGGGCCAGAUCCAUGGGGUUCCGACCGGAGAUAUCGACCUGGCGAUUCGUCCCAAAGCACCGCCCCGGCACCCGCGCCUGAACCGAAGAAGCUCAUCCCUCAAAAGGACUACCUUCUUAUCACCACCGCCAACCUGACCCUUAUUAAGAAGAAGAUCCUCGAGUUCAACUCGGCCUUCUCCGACCCGGAAAUGACGUUGUCUCCCUCCGAGCUCGGCUCGCUCGACACCCUCAUAGAAACCCUGGCCAAGUGCCAGCUCUCGCCAUCAAAUCCCCCUGCCAUCCCCGCGCCCGGCGCCGAAAUCCCCCUCCGCCUCGCCGCAACCUGGCCACCGCAGAACCGCCUCCCCGUCCUCGACCUCCUCCGCAUCCUCACAGCCUUCUCCCCCGCAACCGCGCAGGCGGCGCCCGCCCCCUCCCGCACCCUAAUCGACUUCCUCGCCGACUCCUCCUCCCCCGCCGCCGUCUUCACCCCCGAUGCACCGACCAACAACAGCAUGCUAGCCUUCCGCGCGCUCGCCAACCUGUUUGGCACCGCGGCCGGCCGGCGGCUCGCGGCGCACGCGUUCGAGUCGAUCGAGAAGGUCAUUCGCGCGUUCGUUGACCCGAGCGAGGAGGUGGACCCCGCGUCGCGCGCGGAAAUUCGGGUCAAGAUGCAAAAUAAGAACCUGACGACCGCUAUGGCGACGCUGCUGCUUAACCUGGCAGUGGAACUCAACCAUACGCAACCAGAGUCGGCAGAUGCAGACGGGGAUGAUUCGAUGACUGGUGGGGAGUUGGAGCAUGAGAGCUCGCGGGCGGACCGCGCGGUGACGUUGCUCGAUUUGCUGGUGCGGUUCGUUCCGGCGGUCAAGGGGACCGACGUGGAGGGGCUGUAUCGCGGGUUGGUCGCGGUUGGGACGCUGCUGCUUGAUGGGGGCUCGGAUUUGAUCGAGGCGGCGAAAGAGGUGUUUGAUGUUGAAGGGGUGAUGGAGUCGGUCGUGGGCAAGGAGCAGCGGAUCAACAUCGUGGUGAAGGAGAUUCAAGGAAUCGUGAAGGGGACGUAG